AGCGGGCUGCGGACUACAAGUCCCGGCAGGCCAUGGCUGUGGCCGGCACUGGCGGGAGAAGGGCUGCAUGUGGCGGUGCGGAGCCGGGCACAGGUCACCCACUUGAGGUCAGCUAACAAAGGCGUAGUAGCUUGAAAGCUACCGACUUGCUGCAAACCCUCAAACAAGGCUGAUGGUAUGAGCAAAAUCUUCCAGCCAUGAAAAUUAUUCUGAAGCAAGGAUUUUUUUUCUACAGUUGGAUGUUAUAGAAGGUUUUGAAAGUACCUGAUAGAAGAAAGAAAACAGUAAGCCUACCCAAUACAAAUGCAGCUUUGUGGAAUCAAAUCACUCCAGCUAUUUACCAGAAAAUGUGGGAUACAAAAAAUGCUGUUGACAGAACAUUUUUGUAAAAAACAGCUCCCACAUGCUUUUCUGGUUACCUCUACCUCUCUUCAGAGCAACAAGAAAGAUGGUUACGAACAGGUUAGCAAAAAAUACGAGGACCUGCACCGCUCUGUCACGUCUUUCAAAGAUAGGCCUCGAACCCCAGAAACAUUAUUUAAAGAAGAUAAUUUGAUAUAUGGACCAGUGAUUAAAUGCAGGGCUCCAGAUAAGGCUGCUGAAGCAAAAACUCCAAAGAACUGGGUCCCUCUAUUAAAUCCUAGUAAGAAAACUGUGCCUCUAACCGAUGACCCAAGGCUCCCACUGAAAGUUAGUUUAGGAAAGCACAGCAUACCCAGUGUGACAAAUGUCCUUCAGCAGACCAUGUCAGCAGAACAGGCCUUUUACCUGAACAGGUGGAAACAGCAGAUGAUACUGAAACUUGGAGAAGAUGGUUUUGCAGAGUACAACAAAAACAUCCUCCUUCAAGGGAAGCUUUUUCAUGCAGCCUUGGAAUAUAUAUGUCAGUCUAUAGAGGUCCCUCAGCAGGAGCUGGAAGAUGCCAUUGUCUCUGGCUACGUGGAAAGUGUGCAACAUGUCCUGAGAGAUAUGAGUGGAGUAAAAGCUCUUGAAAGUGCUGUCCAGCAUGAGACUCUUCAAUAUCUGGGCCUGGUAGAUUGUGUGGCUGAGUAUCGGGGCCAGUUGUGUGUGAUUGACUGGAAGACAUCGGAGAAACCUAAGCCAUUUCUACGGAACACAUUUGACAACCCGUUACAGAUUGCAGCCUAUGUUGGAGCCAUAAACCAUGAUGCUAAUUAUGACUUCCAGGUUAACUGUGGGCUCAUUGUGGUGGCUUAUAAAGAUGGCUCCCCUGCACAUCCACAUUUCAUGGGCAUGGACUUGUGCUCUCAGUAUUGGACUAAGUGGCUGCUGCGCCUUGAAGAAUAUGGGGAGAAGAGAAAGAAUGAUGACAUGAGCUGAGUAGUUUAGCGAAAACCAGUCUGAACUUGAAGCUGAAGCAGGAUAUCCUGGAUUGUAGCCAAACCUCUGACACUGACUGCCUCUUUGACCCUGGGCAAAUCACUUAUUACCUCUGUCCCCAUUUCCCCAUCUGUAAAAUGAGGAUCACUUGUGCCUACCCCACAGGGAUCUUAGGAUGAUAUGAUGGGGGACUGAAAUAAAUAGAAAUUAAACUUUGUUGUUUAAA